UGUCAAUCAUAUUUUGCUCUUUUCGUUCAGAGUUCUUGUCAAAAUAAAUGCACGUGUUGUUUCGAUUUGCGUAUUUUUAUGAAUAUAUAUUACUAAAAAGAGAAACGGAGUAUCGUUUUACGAAUUAAUGCACAUUAUUUAGAUAAGUUAAAAUGCCGAAAUCGAAACGUGAUAAAAAGGUUUCACUCACCAAGACCAAUAAAAAGGGACUUUUGUUGAAGCAAAAAAUCAUUGAAGAAGUUAGAAAUUCUCUAUCAAAAUAUGAAAAUAUUUUUGUGUUUUCGGUAGACAAUAUGCGAAAUACAAAAUUAAAGGAUUUGCGUAAUGAAUGGAAGGAUUCAAGAUUUUUCUUUGGAAAGAAUAAAGUUAUGGCUGUUGCUCUGGGAAGAACUAAAAGUGAUGAAGUAGAAGAUCAGUUGAACUUGCUUUCUAAGAAGUUAAAGGGUCAAUGUGGUCUUCUUAUGACAAACCGUGAUGUUAUUGAUGUCCUGCAAUGGUUCAAAGCUUUUGAAGAUUCCGAAUAUGCUAGAGCAGGGUUUAUAGCAACUAAAGAUGUGAUAUUGCCAAAAGGCCCCCUUGCAGACUUUUCACAUACAAUUGAACCACAUCUCAGAAGACUUGGUCUGCCCACAAGUUUAGAGCGAGGUGUUAUCAACCUUAUCAAGGAAUACCAGGUUUGCAAGAAAGGUCAACCACUAACACCAGAACAGGCAAGCAUACUUAAACUAUUGGGUUUUCAAAUGGCAAAUUUUAAAGUAGUAAUAAAGUGCCAUUGGACAAAAGGAAAGGGAUUCCAUAAAGAUAUUGAUGUACCCAGUGAUGAAGAAGAAAGUGAUAAUGAUGAUGAAAAUAAUGCUAUUGAAGAUGUUGCUAUGGAAGACGAUGAGACAUAAUAUUAGUGCAGUGCAUAUAUUUGUUUUAAGUAAACAUGUUAUAAUUAAAAGGACUUUAACUGGAA